GUUUACUCCAGGACCCUUACCUAAACUUACCGGGGAUCUUCAGGACGCAACGAAGCAAUGGAAAGGAAUCAAGAUGGGGGCUGUCUGGGACGUGCGGUUACUACGGUAUCAAACAGCACUGGGGGCCUGGUCCAGUCUUCCCAUGUCUGGAUUCACGAAGCGAUGUUAACGUAUCUGUUCUGCCGGCCGCCUGAAAGGAGAUGGUUGCGUUUCCGAUUCUGCAUUGUCCCGCGCAUGGCGUGGUUGCAGAGGACCUCUGGCUGUGAUCUGCACUGAACUCUUGUUUCCUCGUUCCGUGUCACUGAGAUAGACCGUAUUUCUUUCCAACGGCUCGCGACAGCACAUGCUUCCAACGCGAUCUCGGUUUGGGAAGGACAUUCUUCACGGCACCCUACGGCACGAAUGAAAAUCUUCAGAUGAAUCUGAUGAAAGAAGCAAGGAUCAUCAGUUCGAAAGAUGAUUUCUGUGCAGAUAUCGACCGAGGUUCUGGGGGAGACACUUUGUUCUCUCUCAGACGGGCGUAGAUCCCCGCUGGAACAGGGAUGGAACAUGGGGAUCCUCUUCACUAUCUCACAGAUUGCGUAUAAAUGCAACGCCGAAGUUUCCGGUUGCCAGUUCUUCCGAGAACGCUCUCAACUUCUGAAUGGCUUUCAGCAAAGCUCUGGCAGUGCUCGCUGUGGUUGCCGUCGCGGCGGCUAAGAGUGCCAUGGUGCUGCACGACAGUCGCACCACUGUUCCUGCUGGUUUCGUCAGCCACGGACCGGCGCCAGCAACAGACGAGCUGGAGCUGCGAUUCGGUCUUGCGGGCAACGACGUCAAGGGGCUGCAGGCCAAGUUGAUGGACGUCUCGACACCAGGGAGCGCCAACUUCCGUCAAUGGCUCUCAAAAGAGGAGAUCAAGACUUACAUGGCGCCCUCUGCGUCGACAUUGUCGGCUUUCAACGCCUUCGCGUCCGCUCAUGGGUUGAACGCGACCAAGAUCUCACCUUACGGAGAGUGGAUCACUGCCACGGUCCCCGUGGCCAAGGCCAACGAGCUUUUUGAUGCCAACUUCGAGCUGUUCUCCCACCCCGACCUCAGCGGCAAGAUUGCGCGCACGAUGUCCGUCUCCCUCCCGAGCGAGAUGGUCGGUGUCGUGAAUGUCAUUCAUCCCUCGACGGCCUUCGCGCCGCCCCCAUCGAAAAUUGCCCCGCCGCUGAUCCAGAUCCCGGUCCCUAACCUGAAGCGGGACGUCGCGGCAUCUUGCAACACGACGGACCCGAAUGGGAUCACCACCCCCACUUGCUUGCAAGAGCUGUACGCCAUCCCGGCCACACCGGCCACUCAAGUGAAUAACUCGUUGCUGGUCACGGGGUAUGGCUUUCAGUACGCGCAGACGGCUGACUUGCAGGCGUUCCUGGAACAACUGCGUCCGGACAUGCCGUCGUCGACGACGUUCAGUCUACAAACCCUCGAUGAUGGAGAUAAUGAGCAAGGUCUUGAUUUGGAUGGUCCGGAGGCUGACUUGGACAUCCAAUACACUAUUGGUGUGGCCACUGGCGUCCCCACGAUUUUUCUCUCCAACGGCAACUUUGACAUCUUCGGUGCAUUCCUCGACACGGCGACUUACUUGCACAAUGUCAGCAGUCCUCCCUCGGUCAUCACCACAUCGUACGGCCUCGACGAAGUAAACGCUGACCCUUCUGUUGCCAACUCCAUCUGCGACGCCUACAUGGCGCUGGGGGCGCGAGGAAUAUCCGUUCUUUUUGCUUCCGGCGACGGCGGUGUGCGCGGCGGUCACGAUGAUUCGAGUGUCUGCAACGAUGCGACAUUGACCCCGACAUUCCCCUCGGGCUGUCCGUUCCUGACGUCCGUCGGCUCGACUCAGGGCUUCCCAGAGAAAGCAAUCAACUUCACGAGCGGCGGUUUCUCCAACAUCUUCCCGGCGCCGGCCUACCAGACCGCCCAGAUCGCCUCUUUCCUCAAAACAGUUCCGUCCGACUUUAACGCCACGUUCAACCUCACCGGACGUGGGUUCCCCGAUGUGUCGACUCAGGGCUGGAACUUCCAGGUCGUCAACAACGGCACCACCACCUUGACGGGCGGAACGAGCGCCUCGUCACCUACGUUCGCCGCCGUCAUCGCAUUGAUCAACGACCGGCUCGUGGCUGCAGGCAAGCCCGUGCUCGGCUUCCUAAACCCGUUUCUGUACGCCAAUCCGGGCGCGUUCAACGAUAUCACUGUGGGUCAUAAUUCUGGAUUUGUGUGCCCUGAAUCCGGCGUCGGUUUUGAUGCUACGACCGGCUGGGAUCCUCUGACGGGACUGGGGACCCCCAACUUUACCAGUCUCCUUGCUGCGGCCAUGGCUUAAGCAACUGUCGUGCAGCAUUGAGUUACGAUGGCAUGAUGGAUCUGAGCAACAUCCGCGAGAUUGAUUCCAAUAAAACUUUGAUUGUUCAGAAUCUGCCUGAAUUACUCACUUCGAGUCAUCUGAGAGCCAAAUUUUGUCAAGCCUGUCGAAUUCGAGCAGUGAGAACUUGUGCGCAAUAGGGUUAGGGUUUCAGUCAUUUUGAUAGCACCCGCUUCACUGUCCUCUUACCGCUCACCAUCCCCACACUUUCUCAGACAGUGUACGGAGUAGAUGUCCUCCCUCCACUUCUGUUCGGAAUGCAACAAUCUGCUCUAUCCCAAGGCCGAUCCCCAGCGAAGAAUCAUGGUCUACGCCUGUCGGAUUUGCGCCUACGAGGAGAUGGGAGAGAACAAGUGUGUAUACCGGAACGACUUGCUGACGGUGACCAAAGAGCAGGUCGGAGUGACGAAUGAUUUGGGGACGGAUCCUACCCUUGCACACUCGACGAUCCCUUGUCCGGCGUGUGGUCAUGAAGAUGCCGUGUAUUACCAAGAUCAGUCGAAGCGAAAGGAAACGCGGAUGAUAUUGUUCUUCGUGUGCGCGCAGUGCAAUCAUAGUUUCACGGAUCCGUCGUUGUCAGCAGAGUCCAGGGCAGGGUUACUAGACCAGGAGUGAUUUCACGCAGUAGUGUGUCCCGCAUAUUCGUUCUAUCUGUAUUGCUAGUCAUUGAAUGAGAUAUCUUGUACAUUCCCUUGGCGCGACCCUUCCUACACUUUUCGAUCAUCGCAUCACCGAAUCACCACCUCUCUUUCUCGCUCCUACCAUUCCCAACUAUUGUCCACAUUCGUUCAAGAACCCAUGCUAUGCUCGUUGUCUUCCUUCUUGCUUUCUUCCUCGGUUUCCUGGUCCCGCUCGCGUGCUCAGUUCGUCCGCCCGAUGAGAACACCCCCGAUGCUGUCGCUUCCUCGCCUGACUUCAAGCUCUCAGCGAGACAAGAUUCCUCGCCUCCCGCCGCUCUCAACGAUGUCGACUCCCUACUCCUCGCUCCCGGUCAAGUCAUCGCGGGUAUCACGGGCGAUCUAGAUCCCACGCCAACUGCCGUAGAUACACCGUCAAGCGCGCCGUCCACCCCUCCAGAUCCUGAGCCAACUCCGCCGCCCUCCUCAGAAGUCCAGACUCCAAGCACUGAAGCACCGCAAAGCCCUGUAACUGUAACGGAAACCGAGGUGACAACGGAUACUCUCACACUGCCGACCGUCGUGACCGUCAUCGUCUCAACCACCCCUUCCUCGCCAACAUCGACAUCCACCACUGCUGCUCCAUCGAGCGCCGUAUCUGCCUGGGCGGCUCCGACUCAGAUGCGUGACCUGUCGCCAUUCAACAUCUCCGUCUUCCCGAAUGGUCAGCAUAAUCUACAUCUGGUGCAAGGCAUCCCAAGCGAGGCAAGCGCGACCGCGGAUCUCCUCGACUCCAUCCUCCAACCGACCACCGCUCCGUCGUACUACAAGCCGUGGAGCAACCGGAGUACCGUCAUGCAACUCGCCUACCCAGCUGGUUCCGCAAAUCCGAAAGCAAGUCCGGUGGGGGGUGCUGAGUUCUACGCGCAGCCGCUGGAUAUUGCUAAUGCUGAAUCUGUGUCAAUGGAGUAUAGUGUGUUCUUUCCGCGUGAUUUUGACUGGGUGCUGGGCGGGAAGCUGCCUGGCUUGUAUGGCGGGCGGAGGUCGUGUUCGGGAGGCGACGCUGCGACGGAUUGCUUCAGUACGCGAUUGAUGUGGAGGGAUCAUGGCGCUGGGGAACUGUAUCUUUAUGCUCCGAAAGACAAGCAGACCGCAGCCAUGUGCAACGACCCGCAAUCUGACUGCAACGCGGCGUACGGCUUUUCGAUCGGGCGGGGGUCAUUCCACUGGGCGCCGGGCUCGUGGACUACAGUGCAACAGACAGUGCAGCUGAACAAUCCAGGGAGGCAAGACGGCGUGUUUGUGCUAAGCGUGAAUGGAAAGGUUGUCAUCCAGCGCAACGACGUGUUUUACCGCGAUGUCCCUGGCGGGUCGAAACCGAAACCCUCGCCGCCACCGUCUGCUUCGCCCACGCCAGCAGAUCCGCUCGGCGGGCUGUUGCCUCCGUUGGGGCCUAUUGUCGGCGGUCUACUGGGCCGGCAGGAGUCUGAUGCUGCAGCGCCACCGCCGGCGGAAGCGUGGAUGAUGCUUCUCGGGCCGGGCGAAACGACUUUCGUGCCGCGAGAGACUGCGACGAGCACGACGUUCGUGACGGUCCAGGCAUAUCCUACGAGCUUGCCUCUGAUCGAGGAAGCCGCUGUCGCUGGUCCUGCCGGAUUCAUCGGGAUAUUCUUCAGCACGUUCUUUGGCGGGCACGGCAAGGAGUGGCAGACUCCUGAGGAUCAGAAUAUAUGGUUCAAAGACUUUGAUUUAGUUUACAAUCACUAGUCCACGUUCAUUCAACUCAGUAUCCGACUAAGAUGAGAACCUGAGCUUCGGUAGUACCUGCGCAGAUGUACUUGUUGCGUUCCCUGGUCAGUUUGGAUUAGGUGCGGAGCAGCACUAUGAUAGUUGCCCGCAGCGCCCUUGGGACGCACGGCCACAAUAGCGUAGGCUUUGGGGAAGAGAAG